ACUGGUAUUUGAUUGUGAUGAGUGUAUUUGGUUCACUAUUCCAUUCCAUGAGAAGCGAAUACACUCACUGAAAUGUGGAGGACGUGGCGUAUUGCUGCUGCUUCUAGGGUAACAACAACCACCAGAAGAACAUUUCCGAUUCCGAUCAUUAAUAAAACUUCUGUCCCUCCGCCGCCAUUAACAACAAUUGGAUUUCAUUUUCAAAAAUCUACUUCUACACUUUUCCCCUUACUUCCAGCACUAUUUCUCGGCUGCUUAAGUUUCGCCCCUGUCUUGGCUCAAGAAGAUAUAUCAUCAACCGAUUCAGACGGGACCGAUUUUCGCAAACUUGAUGAGACGUCUGUUGUAUCUAACAUACAUACGUCUAAGUGGAGGGUCUUCACCGACAACGCAAGGGAUCUGUUUUUACAGGGCAAAUUGGAGGAUGCGGAGCGCUUGUUUGUGGGUGCAUUGGAACAAGCUAAACAAGGUUUCGGGAUACGGGAUCCGCAUGUUGCCUCUUCAUGCAAUAAUCUUGCUGAAUUAUACAGAGUCAAGAAGGCAUUUGAUAAAGCUGAACCAUUGUACUUGGAGGCAAUAAGUAUUCUGGAGGCAUCAUAUGGAGACGAAGACAUAAGGGUUGGUGCUGCUCUACACAAUCUUGGCCAGUUUUAUCUUGUCCAAAAAAAAGUAGAUGAAGCCCUAACUUGCUAUGAGCGUGCUCUAAAGAUAAAGAGGCGAGCUUUGGGAGAGGGUCAUGCUGACUAUGCGGAGACUAUGUAUCAUUUAGGAAAGGUACUAUACCUUAAAGGAAAUGCGAAGGACGCAGAAGUCCUUAUAAAGGAUUCUAUUCGGAUAAUUGAGGAAGGUGGGCAAGCCGAAUCUCUCUUAUGCAUGAGGAGACUACAGUACCUCGUCCAGAUCUAUAUCAAUGUUGGUAAAUUCCCAGAUGCUUUGAAUAUACAGAGAAAAAUCUUGCAUACAAUGGAAAUGUCCAAGGGAUGGGAGUCUUUGGAAACUGUGAUUGCAGCUGAAAGCCUUGCAUUGAUUAUUCUUAAGUCAUCAGGGAGUUUGAUGGAGGCAAAAGAACUCCUACAAAGAUGUCUUGAUUCACGAAGAAAGUUGCUUCCCCAAGAUCAUAUUCAGAUAGCUGCCAACAUGCUUCACAUGGCUAGGGUGGAGUGUCUCCUAUACAAAAAAACAAGUGGGGAUAUUUCGGAAGCAGCCAUAUUAAUUGACAAUGCAAGAGAUCAUUUAGGCAAUGCAAUAAGGAUUGCUCAACAGACGUUGGAUAAGUUUAGUAAACAAGGAGUAACCCGUAACUCUUAUGAAGUAGGCAGAACAGAUAAGCACACUCAGCGCACAGCUUUGCUUAUACUGUUGCAAGCGUUAAAUGCUUUGAGCAAACUGGAAGUUACAGAGGCCGACUUACGAGGUUCUGUUGAAAAGGACGCAAGACUCUCCAAGGCCGAGAAUGCUCUUCUUGAUUGCAUUUCUGCUUAUAGACAGUUUGGAAAGCCGAUGUCGUUAUCUGAUUUUGCUGAAAUAAAGGGGGAGUAUCUCUCAUGUUUAACGCAUGUUUAUGCUUUACUAAGUAACUUGAAAAGUAAUAGCUCGACACAGUCGAAGCGGCCGACUUUACAAGAGGUGUUAAACGAAAUCAAGCGAGUUGAAAGCGGUUCUUCAGUAUCCUCCAGUCAAAAGCCUUAAAUUGAGAUGCCAGCUGAAAAAAUCUGGUUAGUUACUUGUGCUAGUCAUACUAAAUCACACAUUUUCAAGCAAUGUCAUGAUUAAAGCUCAAAGUCAAACACAUGUAAAGUUGUCAUAUCUUGAUGAGAUGAAUAUUGUCAAAAGUAAAAACCUUGAUGAUAAAAUGAAAGAAAUGGCUUUGACAGGAAACAAAAUCCUUGUCUUCGACUCUUGAGGAAGACAUCUUUCCUGGUUAUUCUAUAUCAGUUACUAUGUUCUCGA